AUGGCUCGCGGAAACGACACUGCUUCUAAGAUCUUCUACAAGGGUAGCUCAGACGACUUCGUUGUCUUUGUGGAUGAUAUCGAGAGUCUCCAGAAGUGGAAGAGCGACCGCAGCAUUCCCCUGACCGAAGUUCUUAAUGGCUGGAAGAUCUUCCUGACUCACUCCCACGGAGCCCAGGGCGUCCUUGACACUGCCAGCAAGAGCUCUCUUCAGAACGAAUUCGGUACAUCCAACGAGGAUGAAUGCAUGGUCAAGAUCCUAGAAGGCGGCGAAUUCCAGGCUUCCACUGCACGCGAGCGUGAGGGCGGCAAGAAUGACUCCAACGGCAGCCGCUAA